UGUUUCAGUUAUUUAUUCGAGAUCCGGUUACUAAUUUAAACAUUGCCCAUCAACGAAAUGUCAAUAAUAAUAAUAGUACUGAAUAUUUGUGGAGACUAAAAUUAUUUCCUAAUGUUGGUGACAAAAAAUCAACUGAAUUUGUUUCACUUUAUCUUGAAGCAAUACAAACUCAUUACGAAAGACAGAAUGGUAUAACUGAAGUAAAUUUUGAAUUUAAUGGAGUGAAUGCGGAUUAUGGAUUUGCCAGAUUAAAGAUUUAUAUCCCAAUGAAAUCAUAUUUACCAAAUUUACCUGAAAUGGAUUUAUCGGUACGAGCUGAAAUAUUUGAUGAUUUAACGACGACAACGACAACAACAAUGACACAUGGGGAAGAUUCAACUCAUCGAGUUAUUUUAGCUGCCAGAUCUGAAUAUUUUGAAAGAUUAUUAAGUGGAGAAUGGUUAGAAGAUAGCUUAAAUUUAGAUCUUUUAAAAGAUGUUUAUUCCAAAGCUGAUAUGUUAAAUAUAAAUGAAUUAACUUUUAUG